AUGGCGGAGGCACUUUUGCCAACCCAAUUCGUGAAGGCCCCAUCUGACGCAGCUGACCGUGUGUUGCAGCACCUGCAAGAGCUCUUUGACAAAUUCUGGGUGAAAAUUGAAGCACGCAUAUGGACAGUAUUAACUCAGGGUCUGGACAGGGACCAAGAUGCAAUGAGACUGGGAGUAAGAGAGCCCCCACUGGGCUUACCUACCUCGCAAGCAUCUGUACUUCCUGACAUUGGCAUGCCCGGGCUGAAGGCCUGCCGGGGUAGACCCAUUUUGCAUCGACCAUGCAGGCAGAAGGUCCACCGCCGCUGUUGGCGACAGUCCACACAGAAUCUCAGCGAUAUCCCUAAAGGGAAGGACUUGGACUCUCCCACUUGUGCCCAGGUUCGUGUAUCCAUGAUGACUGGGACUGGAGGGGAACCGCACUCGGCUCCUGUAUUGUCUCACCUCCCUGUAACCUCCGUGUGCUCCCAAGCUUGGACAUAG